ACUUCAUUCCAACCUCCUUCCGUCAAUCCGUACUCUUCCCCCAAUCUCCGUUUCUGGUUCCUUUUCCAGAUCCUCCUGGUUACCCGAACCUGCAGUGCUUCCAAAUAGUCCCGCACGUUAGCAGCUCAAGUCUUUUGCGGGCGGCCGCGGGAGUCCAUGAUAGAUGUUUCCAAUGGCACCAGCCUUACCCAGAAAUCUCCGCGCUGCAGAAAGCGCCGGCUGUGAUUCUAGUGCGCAGGCGCAAAGAGCUAGAGGUCGGAGUCCCAGAAGCGCGCAUGCGCCCAGUGGACAAUAGGCUUCCAAGGAUUGGCAGCAGGAAACAAAAGAAAAGGGAUUUGUGUGCGGGUAUCUCAGACACAACAACAUGCCAGAUCUGCUGUGUCAGUCGGAUCACCAGCACUUGAAUGAAAUCAGUUUUUGAACGUGAAGGAGGAUAUGUUUGAGAAGACAGCACACCAGUCACAGCAAGGGGAAUCUGAACACGUGUUCAACCUAUGGUGAGAUUUGGAUGAACUGACCUGGAGUCAAUCCUUGUAAAUUAUCCUCAAGUCAUUGAAGGAGUGAACAGAUAUUUCCUUCGUAGUAACAACAUAUUCAUUGUUGAUCCUUGGAAAAGAAGGCAUAUCUCAUCCCAGCUGGAUAGGUGCAUCUGCUUUGUGUCUAAAAUGAAGUUGUCUGUUUUAACUUCUCAUUGAAACACGUUGGAUCCAGGGCUCUGAGAACUCUCCAGAGUAUCUUCACCAGAGACCAGGCACUCAACACCUUGAAGUGUGGGAGGGAUUCACUAUGUCGUCUGACCUGAUGAAUUGCCAGAGAGCUCAAAGCAGAGAGAAAUCAUUCACCUGCUCCGAGUGUGGAAAAGGAUUCACUCGGUCAUCCCACCUACGGACACACCAGCGGGUUCACUCUGGUGAGAGGCCGUUUACCUGCUCCAUGUGUGGGAAGGGAUUCACUCACUCGUCCCACCUGCAGACACACCAGCGAGUUCACACUGGGGAGAGGCCAUUUGCUUGCUCUGUGUGUGGGAAGGGAUUCAUUCAGUCAUCCGACCUGCAGAAACACCAGCGAGUUCACACUGGAGAGAGGCCGUUCAGCUGCCUGGUGUGUGGGAGGGGAUAUACUCAGUCAUCCAGCCUGAAGAUACAUCAGCGAGUUCACGCCACAGAUAGACCGUUCACCUGCUCCGACUGUGGGAAGGAAUUCAUUCAGUUGUCCAACCUGAGGACACAUCAGAAAAUUCACUCCGGGGACAGGCCUUUCACCUGUUCCGUGUGUGGAAUGGGAUUCACUCGUUCAUCACGACUACUGAAACACGAGAGAGUUCACACCGGAGAGAGGCCAUUCACCUGCUCUGAGUGUGGGAAAGGAUUUAUUGAGUCAUCCAACUUGCAGUCACAUCAGCGGGUUCACACCGGGGAAAGGCCGUUCACCUGCUCUGUGUGUGGGAAGGGAUUCACUCAUUCAUCCCACGUCAUGAGACACCAACGAAUUCACACCGGUGAGAGACCAUUCAUUUGCUCUGUGUGUGGGAAGGGAUUCAAUCAGUCAUCCCACCUGAUGAUACACCAGCGAGUUCACUCCGGGGAGAGGCCAUUCACUUGCACCGUGUGUGGGAAGGGAUACAUUCAGUCAUCAGAACUACUGGCACACCAGCGUGUUCACACUGGGGAGAGGCCGUUCACCUGCUCUGAAUGUGGGAAGGGAUAUAUUCAUCAAUCCAACCUGCAGAAACACCAGCGAGUUCACACCGGGGAGAGACCAUUCACCUGCUCUCAGUGUGGGAAGGCUUUCACUCAGUCAACCCAGCUUCUGAGGCAUCAGCAAGUGCACAACAAGGAGAGGGUUCACACCAGUGUGAGCAAAGAGAUUUACUCAGUCAUUCCACCUGCUGAAACACCAGCGAGCUCAGAAUGGUGAAAAAGUUGAAAAAGUUUCUCUGUGCUGUAUUCAUAACCAUCGCAGUUGCUGAAUCUGGUUACAAGUUCGUGUAUUCCUGUUGUUGUCCGAUUCUGCAGCUGUUGCUGCUGCUCAUUACCAAGGACUGAACCCCGAUCACCCUGGGAGGGGGUUGUUCUGCUGUUGUGAGUCUUUACUGUGACUGAAAUUUAAUAUUCUGGAUCUGUAACAAAAUCGUAAGCGCUAUUUUAAACUCUUGUCUCUGGCACUUAGUGAAAUUACAACACACUAAAUUUCCAGUGGGAGUUGACGCACCCCGGCUCAUCUCUGACAGUGUUUGUUCCACGUCACCCCUGUCGUUCAUCACUUCGUCUCCCUGUGAUGAUGACAGUUUCUAACUGGUCCCCCCAACCCCCGUGUGUGUAGAUUUUCACCUGAAUUCCCUGUGUGACUUUCUGCAGACUGAGGAAGAAGACGUGCUCUUCUUAGAAAUUGUAUCCUAAAUAUUCCCCACCCUCGGGGCUGAGAGCGCGGAUGAUACCGGCCGACAUCUUGCGAAACUACGAGAUAUACAUCUUCCGAACUGUUAUUGCUACAAUCUGCAACCUGUAAUUUCUCUUUACGGAAUAUUGUCUCAGUGAAGGGGUGAUCUUGGGAUCUCCUGAGGAGCUCGAAGGACUCAGCGAGCUUGGCUGUCAGGAAAUGAUCGUAUGUCCGCCAUCAAAAAGUGAGGCCAGCCGUGGGGGAGGGGGUGCUUCAGCCAGAUUGGGGCGAGGGGAACACAUCCACCUCUCCCUGGCAUUCUCCUGGCCAUGUACAGUCUGGAUGAUGGCAGCAGGAAAGGGCUGAGGCAGCUAUGUCUGCUUCACUAUAAACUCAUCCUGGUGUCUGGACAUAGCGGUCUUGACUCACUCUUCUCCCAACCGGGAACAUUUAAUGAUUGAAUGGCGACUAAGAGAGAUCUCUGCUGUGACCGUGACGGCUGUUUAGUACUGCCCAAAGCAGAUGUGAAACAAGCACCCGAUGUACUGAGUGCCAUGAUUAACAAAGAAGAAACGGCCUACCUUGAUCCUUGCUGGCGACUUCAAUCGGGCUAGCGUGAAGAAAUCCCUGCAGCUCAGAGGACUCAACACACUUCACUGCUGCUACACUGCCGUCAGGAAUGCCUACCAAUCCGUCCCUCAACCACUGUUCAGGAAAUCUGGCCAUCUGGCUGUUCCCCAACCUGCUUAUAGGUAGGGAAGAAAGAGCAAGGCACCAGACAUGAGGAUGGUGAAGAGGUGGUCACAGGAGGCAGAGGAGUGUCUGUGGGACUGUUUUGAGUCGGUGGACUGGGCCAUGUCCAAGGACUCAUCAGGCCUGAAUGAGCACACCACGGUUGUAGACGCAUUCAUGGAUGCGUGUGUCCCCACAAGAUCUUUCAGAGUAGAAGCCCUGGAUGAGCCAUCAGAUGAACAGUCUGCUGAGAUAGAAAGGUGGUGUUCAGGACUGGCAAUCCAGGAAAACACAAGGGGUCCGGGUAUGACGUCUGGGACGCCAUUUCACAUGCAAAGUGGCAAUUCUGGAAUCACGGAGGGGUGCAGCGGGGCUUGAAUGCCGUCACCUCCUGCGAAGCAAAACCAGGCAGCAACCACGGCAACUUUUACUCCCAGAUGAGCUCAAUGCUUUUAUGCUUGUUUUGACUGACAGAACUUGGAGGCAAAUUCACAAACUUCCAAAGCCCCCAGUGACCCUGUGAGUCUGAUAUGAGAGCACCCUUCAGAAGGGUGCACCCAUGGAAAGCAUCUGGCUCAGACAGGCUACCUGGCUGAGUACUGAAGACCUGUGCUAAUCAACUGGCUGGAGUGUUGACUGACAUCUUUGCCAGUCUGAGAUGCACACAUACUUUAAUCAUACUGAUGCCCGAGAAGAGUGCGAUAACCUGCUUCGGUGACUCUCGUCUAGUAGCGCCUGCGUCCGUUGUAAUGAAGUGCUUUGAGAGGUUGGACAAUGAGGCAAGGCAUCUCCUACCUGAGGAGUGACCUGGGCCAAUUGCCUCCCUUCACCACAGGUCAGCAGCAAAUGCCAUUGCAUUGGCACAUCACUCAGCGCUGGAACAUCUAGACAUCGAAGACGCAUACAUCAGGAUGCUUUUCGUUAAUUACAGCUCAGCAUUCAACACUAUUACCCCCUUGAAACUCAUCACUAAUUUGCAAUGUGUAGCUAGAUCCUCGCUUCCCCACUUGCAGACCCCACUUAGUUCAGAUUGGCAACAACAUCUGCUCCACACUCUCCAUUACACAGGCACGCCACAAGGCUGUGAGCUCAGCCCCCUUGCUCUGCUCGCUUUAGCCAAGUAGAACUGCAAUGCUGUAUUUAAGUCUGCUGAUGACACCAUGGUUGUCGGCUGAAUCAAAGGUGGUAACAGAUUAACAUACAUUUGAUUGAGAUACAGCGCGGAAUGGGCGUUUCUGGCCCUUCGAGCUGCACCGCUCUUCAACCCCUGAUUUAACCCGAGCCUAAUCACGGGACAAUUUACAAUGACCAAUUAACCUACCAACCGGUACGUCUUUGGACUGUGGGAGGAAUCCGGAGUACCUGGAGGAAAUAUACACGGUCACGGGGAGACUGUGCAAGCUCCUUGCAGGCAACGGCGGGAAUUGAACCUGAGUCACCUGGUACUGUAAAGCGUUGUGCUAACCACUACGUGACCGUGCUGUCCCAUGUAUAGGAGAGAAAUUGAAAAUCUGGUUGAGCGCUCAGUGACACCAAGUCCAAGAGCUAUCUAUUGGCUACAAGGAAAAGAAGCUGGAGGUCCAUGAGCCAGUCUUCAUUGGGGGAACAGACCGUCGGUGACGUUAAAUUCUCUGGUGUUAUCAUAGCUGAGGAUUUCCCAGGACCAGUACGUAAGUGCCAUCACAAAGGAGGCAUGAGAGUGCCUCUACUUUUUCAGAAAGUUGCACAGAUUAGGCAAUUUAUCACCACGUUGACAAGCUUCUAUAGAUGCAAUGUGGAGCAUGUUCUAACUGGUUGCACCAAGGCCUGGCGCGGAAACAGCAAUGCCCAGGAGCAGAAAACGCUACAGAGAGUAGUGGACGUGGCCCAGUCCCUCAAAGGCAAUGAGCACACUUACAUGGAGCACGGACUCAAAAAGAGGCAGCAUCCAUCAUCAAGGACCCCCACGCCCAGCCACACUCUCUCCUCACCACUAGCAUCAGGUCCAGAGGAGAAGAAGUAUUCUAAAGGCAGGAUGAUGCAAUGGUGGCUGACAAGGGAAGUUAAAGCCAACAUAAAAACAAAGGAGAGGACAUAUAAUAGAGCAAAAAUUAGUGGGAAGUUAGAGGAUUGGGAAACUUAAAAAGCAACAGAAGGCAAGUAAAAAGCCAUAAGGGGGAAGUGAUGAAAUACGAAGGUAAGUUAGCCAACAAUAUCAAGUGGGUAACAAACGUACAUAUAUAGAGGUUAAAAGAGAGGUGAGAAGAGAUAUUUCACUACUUGGAAAUGAUGCUGGAGAGGUAGUAAUGGGGGAAAAGGAAGUAGUGGAUGAACUAAAUAGUAUUUUGCAUCAGUCUUCACUGUUUAAGACACUAGCUGUAGGCCAGAGGUUCAAGAGUGUCGGGGAAGUGAGUACAGUUGCUGUUCCAAGGUGCUUGGGAAACUGAAAUAUCUGAAGGUAAGUCAGUCACCUGGACCAGAGGGACUAUAUCGCAGGGUUCUGAAAGAGGUGGCUGAAGAGAUUGUGGAGACAUCAACAAUGAUCUUUCAAGAAUUGCUAGAUUCUGGAAUCGUUCCAGAGGACUAAUGCUGCCAAAUUUUUCAAGAAAGGAGGGAGGUUAAGAAAGGAAGUUAUAGCCUGACAUCAGUGGUUGGGAAGAGGUUGGAGUAGAUUGUUAAGGAUGUGGUUUUGGGGCACUUGGAUGACAAAAUAAGUUGAAAUCAGUAUGGUUUCUUUUAUGGAAAAUCUUACCUGCAAAUCUGUUAGAAUUCUUUGAGGAAAUAACAUGCAGGAUAGACAAAGGAAAAUUGGUGAUGGAGUGUACUUGGAUUUUUAGAAGGCAUUUGACAAAGUGUCGCACAUGAGGCUGCUUAACAAGAUAAGGGCCCAUGGUAUUACAGGAAAGAUGCAUUGAUAGAGCAUUGGCUGAUUGGCAGGAGCAAAGAGUGGGAAUAAAGGGAGCCUUUUCUGCCUGGCUGCUGGUGACUAGUGUUCCACAGGAGACUGUGUUGGGACUACGUUUUACAUUGUAUGUCAGUGAUUUGGAUGAUGGAAUUGAUGGCUUUGUGGCCAAGUUUUCAGACAAUACAAAGAUAGGAGGAAUGGCAGGUAGUGUUGAGGAAGCAGAGUGUCUACAGAAGGACUUGAACAGAUUAGGAUAACGUCAAAGAAAUGGCAAAUGGAAUAGAGUGUUGGGAAGCGUAUGGUCAUGCAAGUUAGUAGAGGGAAUAAAAACCAAGGACUAUUUUCUAAACAGGGAGAAAAUUCAAAAAUCCAAGGUGCAAAGGUAUUUGUGAGUUGUCGCGUAGGAUUCCCUAAAAGUUAGUCUGCAGGUUGAGUCAGUGGUGAGGGAGGCAGAUGCAACCUUAGCAUUGAUUUCGAGGAGACGGGAAUAUAAAAGCAAGGAUGUAAUGUUGAGACUUUAUCAAGCACUGGUGAGGCCUCACUUGGAGUAUUGUGUGCAGUUUUGGGUCCCUUAUAUAAGAAGGGAUGUAAUGACAAUGAGGAGGAUUCAGAAAAGGUUCCUGACAAUGAUUCUGGGAAUAAAUUGUAGGAGGAGUGAUUGAUGGCUUUAGACUUUACUCGCUGGAAUUUCGAAGAAUUGGUGGGGGGUGGGGGGGGGAUCUCAUUGAAACCUAUCAAAUGUUGAAAGAGCCAGAUAGUGGACUUGGAGAGGUUGUUUCCUAUGGUGGGGGUGUCCAGGACCAGAGGGCGCAGCCUCGGAAUAGAGGGAUGUCCAUUUAGAACAGAGAUGAGGAGGAAUUUCUUUAGCCGGAGGGUGGUGAAUCUGUGGAAUUCAUUGCCACAGGCAGCUGUGGAGGCCGAGAGUUUGCAUGUAUUUAAGGGGGAGGUUGAUAGGUUCUUGAUAAUUCAAGGUGUGAAAGGUUAUGGAGAAAUGGCAGGAAAAUAGGGUGGAGAGGGAAAUGGAUCAGCCAUGAUUAAACUGGUGGAGCAGAUCAAUGGGCUGAAUGACCUAAUUCUGCUCCCUAUGACUUUUGGUCGUAUGGUCUAUGGAGGUAUAGAAUCAUUAGGUCCCACAGCACCAGGAUCUGGAACAGUUAUCACCCCACAGCCAUCAGGCUUCUGAACCAGUGUGGAUAACUUCACUCACUACAACUGAUUCUGCAACCUUCAGAAGGGCUGUUUUCAACUCAUGUUCUCAGUAUUAAGUGUUUACUUGUUGCACAAUUUGUCUUUUGCACAAUGGUUUUGUCGGUCUUUGUUUAUGUCUAUGUUUUUGUAAAUGCUGUUGUAAUUAUUUUAUUCUCCUGUGGACGCUUACAAGAAAAUGAAUCUCGAUGUAGUGGUUUUGGGACAAACACUCAGUGGCCACUUUAUUAGGUGCAGGAGUGGAACCCAGUGUGGCCUUCUGCUGUUGUAGCCCAUCCACUUCAAGGUUCAAUAUGUUGUGCAUUCGGAGCUGCUCUUCUGCACACCACUGUUGUAACACGUGGUUAUUUCAGUUACUGUCACCUUCCUGUCCGCUUGAACCAGUCUGGUAUUCUCCUCCAACACCUCUCAUUAACGAGGCAGUUUUGCCCACAGAACUGCCACUCACUGGGUUUUUUUUUGCAUCAUUCUCUGUAAACUCUAGAGACUGCUGUGUGUGAAAAUCCCAGGAGAUCAGCAGGUUCUGAGAUAUUCAAACCACCCUGUCUGGCACCAAUAAUCAUUCCGUGUUCAAAGUCACUUAGAUCACAUUUUUCCCCCCAUUCCGAUGCUUGGUCUGCACAGUAACUGAACCUUUUAACCUUGUCUGCAUGCUUUUACGCAUUGAGUUGCAGCCACAUGAUUGACUGAUUAGGUAUUUACAUGCAUAUACAGGUAAACCUGAUACGGAAAGCACUGAGUGUAUAUGUACUUUGAUAAUAAAUUUUACU